AUGGUAGUAAUCCCAUCGGUAAGCCCAUGUUUCGCAGUACGCCGCGCUUAUGGCGCUGCACACGACGCCAUGAUGUUGGCAUCGUCAGCGCCCACGGCGCCCAGCCUUCUGCCUCCGAACAGUCAGCCGUCAGCAGCCACGUCCGCCCGUGGUACCACCGACGACUGCUCUUCGUCAACAUCUCCUACGAACACCUCUGCAUCAGAUGGAUCAUCCAUGGAUAUUUUAUCAAAUCUCAUGAGCACAGUUACCAAUCAGGUUCCAGGGAAUUCCCUCGUAAAACAGUCCUAUCCAUGUACAUUUCAAUUCUGUGUCAUUUGCCAAAAAGAUGUACACUCCUCAAAACUUCCAUGCCACAUUCGUCAGUGUCACGUGGCGAAGCCAAUGUUCCAGUGCCCAGCAUGCGAUUUCACAUCGACAUACUCAAAGAACAAUGUAAAAAGUCACAUGGUCUCACUCCAUGGAAUGGCUGGCGACCCAAUAAGUUAUAUGGACCAAUAUGCCGGACAAGUGGAGGAGUUCAUGAAGCUCUGUUUCCCAAAUGUGCGUGGACGAGGACGGCCAAUGCAAGGAAGGUCAUCUCCUCCAAAAUCACCAACCAGUCCACCACAUGGAGGCAGACGAGGCAGUGUGGCAUCAACCAUCCCAUCCCGAAGGCAUACAGUAUCCCAAAGUGAAUUGUUGGCAACCAUCCAGGCUCAGCAACAGCAGCAAGCCGCUUUCCAGUCACUACGGAACUUUAGAUUCAACCCUCUCCAGUCAAUUUUCCCGACAGUGUUGGCCGCAAACAACAACAAUAACUCAGUGCUUUCGGCCAACAAGCAUGCUGUUAACAAUUUCAUGAUCAAGCCAGAGGAAAAAGAUGUUCCCACGAUGCCAAUCGAAGACAUCAAGAACAUUAUCACUUCGACAACGUCCCCAACACCAAGUGUCGUGUCAUUCGGAGGUGGAAUCAUCCAACCAAUCAAGCCAGGAGAGAAUGCUCAACCCAAGUACUUGAGCACAGGUUUUGAUUGGCCAGUGUUGAAUGAUCUUCAAAUGAAGGGAACUAUUUUCAACGAUUGUCGUAUUAAUAUGGAGUUGUAUGCUGAAAAUAUUGCCAGGAAAAUCGAGGCAAACGAGGUUUAUUCCACUUUCAUUAUGAGUGAUGAUAUGCGGGUUACUGUAGAAGAAGUACGGUCACGAGUCAGUGUUCAACUUUUUGAAGUGAUGUUUGCCAUCCAUAGAAUGGAUGUAAAGUGUCUGGACCUGAACUUAGUGAACCUUCUUAUCGAAAUUUCCCCAACCAACAGUGACGCUCAAUUGCUUCGAAAAAUGGAGAGCUCCAAAAUGGAUCCGAAUGAGGAGUUUUUGUUGGGCCUUACAAAGAUAGAUCACAUUGAGGAGAAGCUGGAAACCAUGAAGCAUGUUCACAUGUUCCCAGAACAAAUGGAAACACUUAAGGAUACCAUCAUCAAGUUUGAAGUCGCUGUCAAGGUUCUCUGUGAGAGUAGAGCACUUCGAAAUGUGAUGCAACUCGUUUUGGCGAUUCUCAAUAUCGGAUUCUUUGAUGAUCGUCAGUGCCUAUCCAUCAAUGGAUUUCCAGUCUCUCAUAUUAUGCAAAUCAUUCAAUCUAAUACUCCAUCUGGCCAAUCUGUACAAUCGAUUCUUGUCACGAUUCUCAAGGAUGAAAUCAAUUUGGAUUUGGAUGAAUUGUUUGGUAUCAUCGAUGUGCUUGAAAAGAUUGAAGAUGAAGACUACAACGGCAUCGUAGAAGAAUUGACAGUGUUGGAUGAUAAAACAGUGAGAGCUGAGAAAGAGAUGGAGCACAGUGGAUCCAAUAUUUCAUUGAGUGAAUUUGUGGAAAAUUCAAAAAAUCUUUCAAAAGCUACAUGGGAUUCAUUGAAUUCUUUGAAGACAAACAUCCAAAAACUGACUGCCUACCUUGGCAAUCCUCUACCACGACAUCAAAACCUCAACCCCCAUGAGCCUUUCAACAGUGUGCUCCAUCUUCUUCGUUCCCUAAAAACUGCCAUCGAGCUCAACGAAACUUCCGAAGAACAACACAUUAAUGUGAUGUCUCCUUAA